AUGGUCGCUCAAGGGUCAAAUUCCAUACUUCGGCCACCUCCCCUCAAAAGAUUCCAGCUGUCGAAGCCUACUAAAGAAUCAUUGGAAUGGGCAAAUCUGAUUGAACUUGAUAUUUCGAGAUUCGAUGAGAGCCCACAGGCUAGAAAGGAGUUGGCCAGUACACUCUUGGAGAGCUUACACAAUACGGGAUUUCUCUUUAUUGUCAAUCAUGGUGUUGACGAGACAACUCUAUCCUACGAAAUCCCGAAAAAUGGUUCAACAGAUGGCAGAUACAGUGGUUUUGCACCGCAAUCAUACCGCUCCUCCACCAUUUACGAGAAUAAUGUUGAGCACUAUAAUUUCUCUCGAUUCACCUCAGAAAUCGGGGAUCAACAAAAUCCCGACUUUCCUACAAGCCUCCGCCCAUAUCUUCGUGAUGUUGAAGCCAUGUCGAAAUAUAUACACAAAGAUCUGGCACGAAGAUUGUUUAUACUUAUCGCCAUUGCAUUAGAUGUCGAACACACGACCUUUGCGGACAUGCAUAUUUACGAGGCAAAGUCAGAUUCAUUCAUGCGCUACAUGCAAUAUCUACCUCGCACUCACAGGGAAAAUGAAGCAAGUCAAGACCUGUACUUGCCAGGCCACGCGGACUGGGGUAGUUUGACCUUCCUCUUCAAUCAACCCAUUUCUGCCUUGCAGAUAAAAGAUCAGAACAAUGAAUGGAAAUGGGUCAAGUACAUCCCCAACUCCAUAGUGGUAAAUGUCGGUAUCGCUUUGAGCGCCUUGACGGGAGGAUACUUGAAGCCAACCAUCCACCGAGUUGUGAAACCGCCAAAAGACCAGGCUGAUGCGCCGCGCCUAUCUCUUCUUUAUUUUAUUAGGUGA